CUUCUUAUACUUUCAAGUUCGACUAUAGAUAUAAUUUAGAGAAAACAUAUCGCCAGUGCUACUAAAAUUCACCUCCUUAUCCUUAACCCUUGCCAAUCUUGUUUUCUUUGCAACCUAGGCUCUAUAGUGAUAUUGAGUAGAAUAAGCACACCUUCUUUUCAAAUCAAUCCAACCAAGGUUAGUCGCGAUUUAUUAUGGCAACCAUAAUCAUCGGCGCCGGAUGUUUCGGGGCAUCGACGGCAAAAUUCCUAAAAGAGGCGGACCCUGGCACCGACGUGAUCUUACUCGACCAGGCGCCGUUCCCGGACCCGGCUGCGGCUGCGCACGAUUUAAACAAGAUCAUAAGGGUCGAAUAUGGUGACCCGAUGUACAUGAAGCUGGCACUCGAGGCCAAGGAGGCGUGGUCCCGGGCAGAUCCCAUCGUCACGCCCUUCUUCCAUCAGACAGGAGCGCUUUGGUCUAUCACAGCUGCCAGGACACAGACGCUCGUGGAUAACUACGAGGCCAUACUAGGCCCCGGAAAGGCACCGCUUGAAAUCCUUAGCUUGGAUGAGACGCGUGCUCGCUUCCCGCUCCUCGGGAGCUGCCGCUUCGAGGGCGGGGCUGAGCAGUGUAUACUUAGUCCGGAAGCCGGGUGGGCCGACGCGGCUGGGGCAUUACAAGCCGUUAUUAAAGCUGCUGUUAAUAGUGGUGUCCGGUACGUAGUCGGCACGGCAGCGAAGCUAGAGUUCGAUCAGGAUGGCACAUGCAUUGGUGUCUCGACGACGGAUGGAAAGACAUUCCCCGCGCAACGUAUCAUCUUGUCCUCGGGCGCUUAUACGCCAUGGCUCCUCGCAGAGAGUGCCCCGGAAAACCUGGACCUCCACGCCGGAAACCGGAUGAAAGCAGCAGCCGUAUUGAUGUGCUUGUUCAAAGUCCCGCGCGGCGACACCGGAUUAGACAUGUUUAAAGACGCACCAGUUCUUGUUCACCCCUACGGAGACUUUCCCGCUGAGUGUAUACCACCUGGAAGUUUCGGUGGCCCCGAUUUGGCGAAGUGUACGCACGAGUUCCCGUACACUCGCAAUGCCUAUGAUGAGGCGUCGAAGCAGGAGAUCUCAGUUCCGCCGCUCUCAAAAAGCGACCGCAUGACGUGGACAAGAGACCUCCCAGACGCGCUGAAGGCGAACUCGGCAAAUGUCCGAAAUAUGUUCUUCGGGAACUCGGUGCAGGGUAUGACUCCUGAGUCGUAUCGACUUUGCUGGGACAUCGCUACGCCAGACGAAGAUUGGAUUAUUUCACCACAUCCGGCGUCAAAGAACCUGUAUAUUGCAGCGGGUGGUUCUUUUCAUGGCUACAAAUUCCUGCCUGUUAUUGGGAAGUAUGUAGUUCAAAUGCUUCGUGGAGAGCUGUCUGAGGAACAUGCUCGACGGUGGGCCUGGGAUCGAGAUUUCAUUCCAAUCGUGACACCAUAUACCCCUCGUGGUGAUUUAGGAGAUGUACCUGGUUAUUACGAGUAACGCUACCAAGCAUAUGUGAGAACAUGAUAAUAUAACUGGCCCCGAGCCCAGGCCGACGGGGAUGUUCAAACACAUACGAAAAACAAUAAAAGUUUCAACAUGUCUACCUGUUACAGCUCGGAGCAAUGAUAUGGAUGUGUUAGGCGUCUUUCCUGGUUCGAAGCUUUAGUAACAGUGACUACCUAUGCUUUUGACUAAAAUAAUAAAGGAAAUACCACGAUCCGUCAUCCAUCAAGUAAAGCAGCUCCUAUAGUCUAGUGGUUAGGACGUCGGAUUCUGAUUCCGAAAACAUUGGUUCAAUUCCAGUUAGGAGCUUCCAAAUGACCCAAGGUCAAAUUUUUUCUCUUUGACCCGCUUGGAUAAAAAGGAAAAAAAACUUUUUGUGUCCAAUCUCAUAUUGAGGGCAUCGUGGUCUAAGUGGAGUUGGCUUAUGCUAGCUUCGGAUUACCAAACUGUGAUGGCCCACCAGAAUAUGAUCAAUAUACCGAAGCAAAGUGGGUAUUGCAUUAAUAAUUAGCCCAAUUCUAUGGCUUCUAUUUUGAACUAGUCUUUCUAUUAUGUGAUAGGUUGGGG